UAUGCAGAAGCGCUGGCAAAACCUUCGCCGUAUCGAUAGACAUCAGACAGUUCGAGAGCAGCGGCUUCAUUCUGAGGUUGGAAGAUGGGGGAACAGAGAAGAGGAGGAUGCUGCCCGCCCAUGGAUCUGAUGCGUUCCGAGCCGAUGCACCUCGUCCAACUCAUUCUCCCCGUGGAGUCCGCUCACCUCGCCGUUUCUUACCUUGGUGAUAUUGGCCUUAUUCAAUUCAAAGACCUGAAUGCAGAAAAAAGCCCAUUCCAGCGAACAUAUGCCACUCAGAUUAAAAGAUGUGGCGAAAUGGCGCGCAAGUUGAGAUAUUUCCGUGAUCAAAUGUCAAAGGCGGGAAUGCUGCCAGCUGAGAGGUCACAAGCAGUUCUUGGUUUAGAUGACCUUGAGGUUAAACUCGGAGGCCUUGAGGCUGAGCUAGUUGAAAUAAAUGCAAACGGUGAAAAAUUACAGCGCUCCUAUAAUGAGAUGGUGGAAUACAAGCUAGUUCUACAAAAGGCUGGCGAGUUUUUUAGCUCUGCGUUGAGCAGCGCAGAGGCCCAUCAAAGAGAGCAUGCAUCAAAUCAAAGUGGUGGAGAGUCCUUGGAAACUCCGCUUCUAUCUGAGCGGGAAAUUGCAAUUGAUUCAUCCAAGCAAGUUAAGCUGGGACAUAUUACUGGACUAGUUCCCAGGGAAAAAUCAAUGGCUUUUGAGAGAAUUAUGUUCCGAGCUACAAGGGGUAAUGUGUUUCUAAAGCAAGCUGUAGUCGAUGAACCAGUCAUCGAUCCUGUAUCAGGAGAGAAGGUUGAGAAAAAUGUCUUUGUGGUCUUCUUCUCUGGGGAAAGGGCCAAAAGCAAAAUUCUCAAAAUAUGCGAAGCCUUUGGAGCAAAUCGGUAUGAAUUCAGUGAGGACCUAUCCAAGCAAUCUCAAAUGAUCACCCAGGUCUCAGGGAUGCUCUCAGAGUUAAAGACAACAAUAGAUGCAGGACUAGGUCACCGCAACAACUUAUUACAUGCUAUUGGUGAACAAUUUGAGCAGUGGAAUUUUUUGGUGAAGAAGGAGAAAGCGAUCUACCAUACUUUAAAUAUGCUCAGCAUAGAUGUCACAAAAAAAUGUCUAGUUGGAGAAGGGUGGAGCCCUGUUGUGGCCACACAACAGAUUCAGGAGGCAUUGCAUCGGGCCACACAUGACUCUAAUUCACAGGUUGAUGCUAUUUUCCGAGUCUUGCAUACCCGUGAGAUGCCACCAACAUAUUUUCGAACGAACAAAUUCACUUCAGCCUUCCAAGAGAUUGUUGAUGCUUAUGGAGUGGCCAAAUAUCAGGAAGCAAAUCCUGGUGUAUUCACUAUUGUUACAUUCCCAUUUCUUUUUGCGGUUAUGUUUGGGGACUGGGGGCAUGGCAUAUGCCUUUUGCUUGCUACAUCAUAUUUUAUUAUCAGAGAGAAAAAACUUUCAAGUCAGAAACUUGGAGACAUAAUGGACAUGACUUUUGGAGGGCGAUAUGUAAUUUUGCUGAUGUCAGUAUUUUCAAUUUACACGGGGUUAAUCUACAAUGAGUUCUUCUCUGUGCCAUUUCCACUAUUUGCACCAUCAGCAUAUGCUUGCCGUGAUCGAUCAUGCAGUGAAGCUGCUACUAUUGGCUUGAUCAAGGUUCGAGACACUUACCCCUUUGGAGUGGAUCCUGUAUGGCAUGGAUCACGUAGUGAGCUACCAUUCCUUAAUUCAUUAAAAAUGAAAAUGUCAAUCCUCCUUGGAGUUGCCCAGAUGAACCUGGGAAUUAUAUUGAGCUUUUUUAAUGCUCUAUUCUUCAAGAAUAGCUUAAAUGUCUGGUUUCAAUUUAUCCCUCAAAUGAUAUUUCUGAACAGCUUGUUUGGCUACCUGUCUGUCCUCAUCAUCAUUAAAUGGUGCACUGGAUCACAAGCUGAUUUAUAUCAUGUGAUGAUCUACAUGUUUCUGAGUCCGACUGACGAGCUUGGUGAAAACCAGCUUUUCCCUGGUCAGAAGUUAACUCAGAUUGUGCUAUUGCUCUUGGCUUUUGUCUCUGUCCCAUGGAUGCUGCUUCCAAAACCUAUCCUGUUGAAGAUGGAACAUGACAGGCACCAAGGGGAGUCAUAUGCACCUCUUCCAGAUACUGAAGAGUCUUUGCUAUCAGAAGCAAAUCAGAAUGCCCAUGGUCAUGAGGAGUUUGAAUUUAGUGAAGUUUUGGUACAUCAGCUCAUACACACAAUAGAGUUCGUGCUUGGGGCAGUUUCAAAUACAGCUUCUUAUCUUCGUUUAUGGGCUCUCAGCCUUGCCCACUCUGAGCUGUCAACUGUGUUCUAUGAGAAGGUGCUUCUUCUUGCUUGGGGGUAUAACAAUGUAAUCAUUCUUAUCGUUGGCAUCAUCAUCUUCAUCUUUGCCACUGUGGGUGUGCUGCUGGUGAUGGAAACUCUGAGUGCUUUCUUGCACGCGCUAAGGCUUCACUGGGUGGAGUUCCAGAAUAAGUUCUACGAGGGAGAUGGAUACAAGUUCAACCCAUUCUCAUUUGCGCUGCUCGAUCAUGAAGAGGAGUGAUGCUCCACACGUCCUACCUACCUAUGCUGUUAAAUGUAGAGAGGUACGUGUUAAAAAAAGCUUGAUUGUCGAACAUGCAGCAGCAGGCAUUGUAUAAUUAAAUUAAGUAUUUAUUCGCGUUGUGGGAGAGGGAGGUAAUAAGCAGGCGGUAUAUGAUGAUUCCUGCAGCAGCUGCUGCUGCUGAGUUUGUUUUGAUUUUGAGUGACAGCAGAUUGGCAUUUGCAUUGGCACUGGCACUGAGUGUUCAUCGUAAUAAUGCUACAAUUUCCAGGUUUGUGAGCUUUUGCUUGCAGCGCACGUAUUCUAUUACUUUAUUAUAUUUUCAAUUUUACUGAGUUCUGCCACCUGAA